AUGGAAACUGCUGCUUCAGUAACAGCUAACAGUACACAGACUACCUUGGUUCUGAAUGUAAGUGGCAUACUUAAGAGUGUUUGUCUCCUACCAGUUGUUGUCAUCUUCUUGUAUUUCAUCAUAUUAAUGCUGCAUACCUUUUGUUCAGAAGCAUCCUUCAGGGACAGCACUCGAUACAGACUAUUUGCUCAUAUGUUAGUGACAGACACCAUACUAUUAACUGUGUCAGUUACAUUACUGUUGUUUAUAGUGAUGAAGAUGAAGAUUCCUGCUACAGUUUGUUACAUCGUGAUCAUCAUAUCUGGGGUCAAUUUUCUUAAUACUCCACUCAACCUGGCAACUAUGUCACUGGAACGCUACAUUGCAAUUUGCUUCCCACUACGACAUGCUGAACUUUGUCGAGUAGAGCGGUUAUGGAUAGCUAUUUUUGUAAACUUGAUGCUCGCAAUCUUGCCAUAUGUUAUGGAUUUUUACUUUCUCCUGAACUAUAAGCAAAUUACUGUAUUUUCCCAAACAGUGUCAUGCAACAGGGAAGCAGUCAUUUUUACAUCUGCUCAAGCUACAUUAUUAGCACUAACCUAUGCUAUUUACUUUAUAUUAGUUGGCACAACGAUACUUUAUACUUACAUAAAAAUAAUGCUGGCAUCUAGAAAAGUUACUACCAAUAAAGCUUCUGUUUUAAAGGCCCGAAAGACAGUAACACUUCAUGCUGUUCAACUUGUAUUAUGUCUUGGAGCUUUUGCUUAUCCACUGUUAGAAACCUUUCUAAACAGAGUACAUGACUGGCUCAGGGAAAAUUUAUCUUAUGUGAACUUUUACAUUUUUAUGCUUUUCCCAAGAUUCCUCAGUCCCCUAAUUUAUGGCUUGAGAGAUGAGACCUUCAGAAGCUACAUGAAACGGUAUAUGCCCUGUUAUUCUUCAAAAAUAGCUCCCACUGUUGGAAGCAAGUAA